UAUCAGUUUUAGAUACACUUUAAUUGAUACUCGUGUGUUUACACUGACUGUGUACUUUAUCACUAAUUGACACAACGUCAUGAUAACUGCACCGUUUACCAACUACUUCCCCCAAGUUGUUUAAGUCGAGCCAGGGAAAGUUUACUCCAGUCUUUAUAAUUCAGACUUUCGAAAAGAUGGAGGAUGAUAUAUAUGAUGAUGGCAGCAACAUUAAAAAUGUCACAGCAGUCAGUCGUAUGAGGACACUGUUUGAGGCUCCAGCAGCUAAUACAAAACCCUUCAAACCACCACCUAAGUCAGUCAUGAGACCAAUCCCAGCGGCUGCCAAUAGUGGACCAUCCACAGUAUUCCCAAAGGCUGAAAAAGCUGAAGAGGCUGGGAAAACACCUAAUGGGUUGGCAGAAGGAAAUGGAAAAGGAACUGAUAAAACAUCAGAUCUCCCAUCUUGGAAGAACAGAGUGGAAAUGUUUAACAAACCCCAACUACCUUCUCCACCUCCUAAAACAGCAAAACCUGUGUCAAACAGUUCAGCAGGUGCAGAGGAAAGUAAGGAUGAAAAUUCAAAUACUGUGUCGGCAAAUCCAGGAAAAAGGUCAAGUAAAGUCAACAUUCCAUCGGCAUUCUCUGGAGAAAAAAACACACCACUGCCUAUAGCACCUAAAAAACCUUCCGUGUUCCCAAGAUCUUCAGACAAGUCUGAAAAAAAAUCUGGGGAUGAAGUGCCACCAGUGAAAAAUAAACCUUUAGUACCCAGCAGGGGUAAAACGCCUGCAGAAGGAACAACCAAUAUACAUGAAGAAUUAAAGAAAAAAUUCAGUGGAAAGGAUGAUGAUAUCAAGCUAGUCAAACCAGGUGGUGAACAAAAGGACCCAGUGAGACCUGGGAAAUUAAACAUGAAUAGUGUAUUAGCAUUACAGAAGAAAAUGAAUGGCUCUAACACAAAUGAAGAACCCAAUGAUGAUGAACAGGUCGAGCUCAGACAGAAGUCUGGGUCAAGAUUUCCAAACAGAAAGUCAGUGAAGAGAAAAUCUUUAACUAGAACUAAUGAUGGUUCAAAAUUUUAUGUUGUUGAAAUGUCAUUAGAUAAUGAAAAGGAAAAGAAGGAAAGUGAGACUGAACCAGACAUUCCUCCUCCACUGGUAUACGGUGACCUCCAAAGGUUACACGAGAUCAUACAAGAGUACAAGGCUGCACUCAGGGAACUAGAGGGUAAUCCUACAGAGGAUAGCAGUAUCGUUGAAGAGAUCGAGGAUGUGUAUGAGGCCAUUCCAGCAGAUAUGGAUGAACCACUUCCUCCACCUCAUAAAAAAUUGUCCAGAGCAGUCUCCUUAAUUAAGCCUAUGUCAGUGGAUGAAGAAUAUGACAGUGAUGAACAGGAUACCUAUGAUGAUACAAGUAAUUAUGUUCCCAAAAAUCCCACCUCUAAUUCCCUUCCUGCUCCACCUGACCUUGACCUCCCAGCUCCUCCUGAUGAACUCUUAAAGCCCCCUGUGCCAGAGGGACCUAUUCCAACUCGAAGGAAACCCCCUGUGCCACCAGAGAAGAAGCCUGUAGAUGCACCAUCUCCACUUGUUCCUCAGGCAGAUGAUUGGCCAGAGGAUGUGUAUGAUGACUGCGCUACUGAACAGAGUCAGGAUCAGAGUACAACUGAGGCUGAGCCAGAACAAGACGACGUAUAUGAAGCCAUUCCAGGAGAAGCAGAGAAUAUUCCUCCGCCAACUCCUGAAAAACCAGAGAAAAAAGAAGAGAAAAAGGAAGAGAAACUUUCAGCAAAGGAGAAAAAGAAAAAAGAAAAAGAAGAGGCAGAGAGACUAAAAGCGGAAAAGAAGAAACAAGAAGCAGAGAAGAAAAGACAAGACAAAGAAAUAAAGGAAAUAAAGAAAAAUUUCAAGAUAGAUGCUUCUCAGCUGGACAAGAGUCAAGGGGAGGGAUUACUGAAGGAGGAUGCAGUACCUUCAGGAGGUAAAACUGCUAAGCUGGAAUUAACAGCCAAAAAAGGAACAUUCCUCAAGGUGAUCCGCCUAGUGGACAACCCCCCUGGAAAGUGGCUGGUCCGACUAACAGAGGACGAGAAGUCAGAUAAACCUGUCAACCUGACACAAAUAGUGGGAUAUGUGGACGCCAACAUCGUUGAGGUAGACAAUCAGCAGAUUCGCAAUGUAAUGGCUGGAUCCUAUAAGUUGGAUGCGUUGAAUGAUACUGGUGAUGGGGAGGAGUACCAGGAUGUAGAAAUUGAGGUGCCUCCUGUUGAGGAAGAAAUGUACGAAGCAGUGUAACAUUCCAUAGCUCAUUAUCAUCAAAUCCACAAUUGAACUUUGGCCAUAUUGUAGCUGACCUUGACCUUACUUGACCUAAAUGUGAAAUUACUUGAUAGAUCUGAUUUCAAAUGAAGACAUGAAGUGCCUAACCUUGAUUAGAAAUACCUGCCAUUUAUUUGUAGUGCCUAACUUUGUUUUAAUAUGAUUCAUUGCCAACCUUGCCCUUAAAGUGCAAAACCUUCACCUAGUAUCUGAAGUUUCAAAGAAGUAUUAAUGUAUCUUAACAUCUUGUCUUUCUUGGUAGCUUCAUUUCAGUAGGAGUUCUGAUUGAAAAUUGGCUUGGUAGGUAUAGAGUUGAUAUCUAUAGACAAGCCAGAGACAUUUAUCUAUUUAUCUUUUUUAACUAUUAUUAUUAUCCUGAUUGUUUUCGUAUAUUUUUUUUUAAUAUAGUUUUUUACGAAACUUCAUUAAAUCAUAUGUUAAAACAUAAAAAUACAUUUACUGUAUUACAAUGAAGUUUGGUAUUACAGACAUUGUUUUACUGUAGCUAGUUUGAUGGUACUGAGCUACAUUUAAGUUAGCUAACGUCAUUGUUAGUUGAUCACCACUUUGCCUUAGACUGUACCUAAUUAUAUAUGUAUAUUGUGAUAAUUACUGGUACAGUAAUAAUAUAUCCAUGAUGUACAAUAUUUUGUGAAGUACACAUUCCAAUCUGUUUGUAAAUUCUAUUUGUAUGAAGAAAAGUUAUAUGUUUUUGUUUCAUAAGUUUGGUUUCUUUGUUUAUUGUUUACACAGGGAUUCAUUACAGAGAGAUUUGUGGUUCUGUCUAAUUCUUAUAGGACAAUUCUGACAGAGAUAUGAUCAUACUAAAGUAUUUUUUUCUUUUACUGUUGGUAUAAAAUUCCAAUAAAAGAUUGUAUAUUAUGGAUAAUACACCUUGAAUUUGAAUGAAUGUAUUCACUGGUAGAUCUCCAAAGUGGAAAAAGCUUUUUCUAACAUGAUAUGAUUAUGAGGUAUACUGGAGACAAAUAACAUCAUUUAGUAUUGAUAAUAAAAGAAUUUGAUACAUAUAACACUUAAUACUUAACCUUAUAAUUUUUUUGAAGUAGAUUUGUUCUGUGUCAAAGCAGAUUUUGAUGGUGUCCCGAAGGUUUUUGUUAUAAGAUAUUUUUAUUGUUUCACAGUAAAUUUUUGCUUCCUAAUAAAAAUAUUUAUCAUCUUGGUAGAAUAUGUUUAAGACACAGCAGAUUUUGAUUGUCGUUGCCAUGGUAGAGUUUAUAGUCAGUGGAGAUUUUUUAUUGUAUCACAAUUGAAAUGACAUUUAUAAGUACAUAUUUUUUAUUGUAAAUAAUGUGACCUUUGCUUUUUCAUUUUUAUACUCACCGUUGAGCUUUCAGUUGAACAGCUAGACAUUCUACAGCACUAUACAUGUAGAUGUAUUUACAAUUUAUAAAGAAGUCCAGAAGUACUGGUCAAUCAAUCCGUCAUAGUUUAGCAUAAUAAAUUAGGCAUUUCGACCUGGCUUCAUUAGACAGGUUUUUACUAAAACCUUGCCUAAUUGGACAACAUCUGUUAGUUCAGCCAGAUAAACAAAUGUUAAUUCAACUUUGUCACAUUCGAUAGCUAGGUCCUAAUGAACUGGGCCUCUCUUACCUGUUAAAAGAAAUGUUGCAGAACUGACUGUAUUGGUGCAUCCCAACUGAAGUAACAUAAAGAUUGAUCAGGGAUAUAUUAUCCACUCAUUUCCAAGCUUUAUUUGACUAGCUAUACUGUACACAUUUUUAUGAUUUUAGUUUUGUUUGGAUUAGUGAACAUGAGGGAGCGUGGAGUCACUUCAUUCAGUACAAAUUAUUACAGAGAUUGGUUGCUUGUACUUAUAGUCUAAUCUAUACUUUUAAUUUUAUUCAAAUUUUAUUCACAGGGAAACAUAAAUACUAGAUAAGUAGGCCGAUACUAUUUUCAGAUAACUGAACUCACGUACAGUGCGUCAUAAAGAUCCUUCCAACGUUUCUCCUUGAUCAUGUCCAAAUUCAAGUGAUUGGUCGCGUAUGCAAAGCCAAUUUUGUGCGUAGCAUCUGCAAUGGCCAUCUGACCUCCUAAUCCACCAUGUCCAAAGGAAAAUUCGGGCUAAAAGACCUCCAUCAUAAAUAAGUAGGCCGAUACUAUUUUCAGAUAACUUUAUUAUCCAAAAUGAUGGAGGUCUGAAACAUACAAAAAGUAACAUUGUAAAUAAAAUCAACUAUCUGUUGGUAAGACAUAAGUAAUAGACUAACAAGUAUAUACAUAAUCCUCUAAAUACCACUUGUAAGUUAUUCAAAAUUCCAAAGUAAAAUAUCUCAAUAUAUUUUGAACUAAAUGGAUCACUUUGUAAAGUGUUCAAUCAAUUGAACUGCAAGCAGCCAGUCCCAAAAUGUAUCACUUGCCAUAAAUACCAGUAUGUUAAGAUAUAAGUUCAACUUAAAGUUUUAGAUAUUAUGUUUUAAGAAUGCAAUGUGCCAGUGCUAUUUGUACAUGCUUUAUGAUAUUAGACAAUCACAUUUGGCUUGUUGUACCCACACAUGCUGCAUAAUCAGCAUUUCAUUUAGUGCAAUAUUCAUUAUUGUAGUUCACACCAGACAAAAGCUUUGCAAGUGUUGUGGGUGACCUGGUAUUUGUUCAAAUACACAUACUUUUCAUUUGGGCAGUUUUCUGACUUUGUAGUUCUAUGAUUUCUCUAGGAGGUAAGUUAAUGACUUAUGGAUAACAAGGUUAGAGAGUAUCUUGGUAGAUCCUGGAUAUUAUGGUUAGAGGGUAUCUUGGUAGAUCCUGGAUAUUGUGGUUAGAGAGUAUCUUGGAAGAUCCUGGAUAUUGUGGUGGGAGAGUAUCUUGGUAGAUCCUGGAUAUUAUGGUUAGAGGGUUUUAAUGGAGAAUGCAUGUGUAAUCCAAGAUACAUGAAGAUAGAUUUAGAACUUUGUACAGACUUAGCGGCGUUGGAUAGUUUUCUAGAAUUGUACAUGUAGAAUCCAACAUGCCAUUGAUAAGUAGUGAAAACUGAUAUCCUAAAAUAUUGGGAACUUCACAUUACCCACCAUAAAAGAAAUUUGUGUACUUAACAGAAAAUUUCUGGUUUCCCCCCACCAAUGGUAAAUAAUUACUUGAAUCUUAACAGUAUGACUGUCAUAUCUAUGAUCUUUGGCUUUUAAGAGGCAUUAUUUCAAAAGCAAUACUAGACAUAAAAUUCACUCUGUGAUAAAUCCAUUUCUCAUGUUCAAGGUUAGGGGUAAAACUGGGAGCAAUGUUUCUAAAUGACAUUAAUGAUGUGUUGAAGAAAGAUAAAUGUAUUUCCUCAUUGUAAACAGAUUUUGCAAUUGGCCUGUUAUCUAGAGAAUUCCCCAAAGUAAUAUUUUUAAAUAUGUCAUCAUUUUUAUAUACCUUAGAGAGUUUUUCUUUGAAAGGACCAGUCAGAAUGCAAUCGUGAUUUGAUAAUACGAAUAGUGAUGUUAUGUUGUGAAUUGAAAAUGAUGCAACACAAUGGCAGCCUCUGAUUUUUUUCUAUUUUCACUUUAAAACUUGUCAAAAUGUAACUUUCAUGAGAUAUGUGAUAUCUGAAAUUUAUUUUCAUUUGAUAUUUAUCAUUUUAUGACAUUCAUCUUGCAGUUUUAAUGUUUGCGUGCCAGGGCUCGCAAUAACAAAAAUCUCAAAGAUUUGUUUUAUAAAGUUUCAUAUAAAGUAAAAAUUCAUUUCAAUUCCUGUGUACAUAACUAGACAGUUAUUACUCCACAUGUAUACACAUGGUAUUGUGUGCGUGUAUGUGUGUGCAGUUUUCAUGUUAAUUGGUGACACACAAAUAUUCUACUUUCAGUUUUCAUAUAACUUAUAUGUAUGGUGGACAAUUUUUUAUUAUUCUGGUAAGCAGCAAGCUUGGUGAUGAUGAAAAGUCAAACAUGUGUCAUGCUUAGAAGAAUUGAUGUAGAGUUUUUUAUGUUUCUGCUAGUCCAAAGUCGAAUUGCUAUUAUCAUGACAGUAUUAUGGAAAUGGUGGUGUUGUAACAUUUAGGCUGACCACUGUUGUGUGUUCCAGGGUACAUUACAGUCAAAUGACAGGAUGAAGAUAUUUUGAUUUUAAAUUAAUGCUCCAGUUUAAUGUCUGAUAGUUUCACAGCUUGUUUCUUAAGUUUUACUAACACUGGUACUUAUUUUUAUUGGAGAACAUAUUUUUAUGCUGUUCUUACAAUCAAGUGUAGAUUUGCCAGGUUAAAAUCCCAACCACUUUGAAGUAUGAUUGAAACAACUUGUAUACUAUGUUUACAGUAUUAAAACAGGGAAAUGUUAGUUACUAUUAUUUCCUUACAUUUUAAAUAAAACUAACUUAUCAGUAAUUUUCAUUUUAGAUUGCCAUCAUCCUAUUGUAGUUUUAACUAAUGGUGCUUCUGUAUUGUCUGAUUUGUUUCCACAAUAUAUGAAAAAUCUGAGAAUAAAGAAACUUGAAAAAUAAA